AUGAAGCUGCUCUUCAUCAAAGUGAACAAAGUUGUACUGAGGAAUGAAGAGCACAGGAGGAGGCCUCUGCUGUUUGACACUGAUGCUCGCUACAGGCCACACAUACAGCCAUCAGGGACCAGCGUGAGUCUUCAGCCUGAGCGUGAAUCAGUUACAAGAGAAAUGAAGAAAGCUCUGCAACACACCGACAGACCAUCAGAUGUUGGAAAGAUCAUGGAGUCACUGCAGGACAACAACACCCAACUAAAUAUCGCCAUCACAGGAGAGUCUGGCUCUGGUAAAUCCACCUUUGUUAACGCUCUCAGAGACCUGUCCGAUGGUGACGAGGGAGCUGCUCCUACUGGUGUUACAGAAACCACCUCAGAGGUCACAUCUUACCCCCAUCCAAACUAUCCCAAUGUUACUUUUUGGGAUCUCCCUGGAAUCGGCACCACCAAGUUUCCAGCUGAAGAGUACCUGGAGCUUGUUGGAUUUGAGAAGUUUGACUUCUUCAUCAUCAUCUCAGCCGUUCGCUUCAGAGAAAAUGACGUGAAACUCACUCAGGAGAUUCAGAGGAUGGAGAAGAAGUUCUACUUUGUUCGCUCAAAGAUUGACAACGAUGUACGAGCUGAAGAAAGAAGUCAGAGAGAGUUUAAGGUGGAGAAGACUCUUUCACAAAUCAGACAAGACUGCAUUCAAG